AUCUUUUAAUGUAACAUUUUUGUGUUUCAUCGGUCACAAAAUGGCUGCCACUGCUGCAGGCAUAGCUUCGUUGUUUUCUUCUUCCAUUAACAACAUCAAAUGUCUUCGUUCCAAGCACUGCUCCGUGAUGGAUCCCCUUACGACAGCAAUGCCGUCAAACCGCAUGUUUGCUGCACCUGUCUCACACUUGGUCGAACCUUUGUCCAUCGGAGGUACCAUGUCGCAUAGGUUGUGGGGGCCUAGAAUUUCUGCUGCUGUUGCACAAGAAGAGGUGGUUGUUGAGGGUGAUGCUGGUUUCGUUGAACAGCAGAAAGUGGAGGAGAAUGAAGAGGAAGUGGUGCCAGAACAAGACUCAGAUGAAUCCCUUGCUAGCACUAAGCUUUAUUUUGGGAAUUUGCCUUAUAGUGUUGAUAGUGCCAAACUUGCAGGGCUAAUUCAGGAUUAUGGUAGCGCAGAACUUAUUGAGGUUCUUUACGACAGAGACACUGGAAAAAGUAGAGGCUUUGCAUUUGUGACAAUGAGUUGCAUUGAAGACUGUAAUACAGUGAUAGAAAAUCUUGACGGAAAAGAAUUCAUGGGCAGAACCUUGAGGGUGAAUUUCUCUAACAAACCAAAGCCAAAAGAACCCUUGUACCCUGAGACUGAACAUAAACUCUUUGUUGGGAAUCUGUCAUGGUCGGUAACUAAUGAGAUUUUGACACAAGCCUUUCAAGAAUAUGGAACAGUGGUUGGAGCUAGGGUCUUGUAUGAUGGAGAAACUGGAAGGUCACGUGGCUAUGGCUUUGUUUGCUUUUCAACAAAAGCAGAGAUGGAAUCUGCACUUGAAGCCUUGAAUGAUGUGGAACUAGAAGGAAGGGCUAUGCGUGUGAGUUUGGCUCAAGGAAAACGUGCACAAGGCUAAUAGAAAGUUGGGAAGUAUGAGAUGAGAGAUGUUCAACAAUGGUGGCAUAGAAAAAAGAGAAGGAGAUGCAUUAUGCACUUAACUGCUGCAAUCUGAUGAUGAAUUCCUUUUCAUUUCUUGUGCUGUAUUGUAUAAAUUAUUUACUCACUCCCAUUUUUAAUAGAUCUGCUGACCCCAAUGCUGUUAUAUUGUGUUUGACAUUUUUUUGCUGAUACUACUAACAUUGGCCAAUAUUUUUGCUUCGUUC